GAAUAAGCUAUUCAGAGUCAGAACCUUACACAUUCUGCAGUAUCUCCUGUGGAAGUCAGAGUCUGAGCCAGCAUGAAGACUGAAACUUGUCUUUGAUCUGAUUUGUAACUGUACUUUUAUUCUAACCAUGUACAAGGUGGAGGUUGUAGCAUGGAAACUAAAAUCUUACUUCCUGCCUGACAUAACUUUCUUCAAGAAGUGCACAAUGUCAGAACGCGGAAUUAAGUGGGCUUGUGAAUAUUGUACGUAUGAAAACUGGCCAUCUGCAAUCAAAUGCACUAUGUGUCGUGCCCAAAGGCCCAGUGGAACAAUUAUUACGGAAGAUCCAUUUAAAAGUGGUUCAAGUGAUGUUGGUAGAGAUUGGGAUCCUUCCAGCACUGAAGGAGGAAGUAGUCCUUUGAUAUGUCCAGAUUCUAGUGCAAGACCAAGGGUUAAGUCUUCAUACAGUAUGGAAAAUGCAAAUAAAUGGUCAUGCCAUAUGUGCACAUACUUGAACUGGCCAAGAGCAAUCAGAUGUACCCAGUGCUUAUCCCAGCGUAGGACCAGGAGUCCCACAGAAUCUCCUCAAUCCUCAGGAUCUGGCUCAAGACCAGUUGCUUUUUCUGUUGAUCCUUGUGAGGAAUACAAUGAUAGAAAUAAACUGAACACAAGGACCCAACAUUGGAUUUGUUCUAUUUGCACAUAUGAAAAUUGGGCCAAGGCUAAAAAGUGUGUGGUUUGUGAUCACCCCAGGCCUAAUAACAUUGAAGCAAUAGAGUUGGCAGAAACUGAAGAGGCUUCUUCAAUAAUAAAUGAGCAAGACAGAGCUCGAUGGAGGGGAAGCUGCAGUAGUGGUAAUAGCCAAAGAAGAUCACCACCUACUACAAAACGAGACUCAGAAGUGAAAAUGGAUUUUCAGAGGAUUGAAUUUGCUGGUGCUGUUGGAAGCAAAGAGGAACUUGAAGUGGACUUCAAAAAACUAAAGCAAAUUAAAAACAGGAUGAAAAAGACUGAUUGGCUAUUCCUCAGUGCUUGUGUGGGGGUAGUCGAAGGUGAUUUAGCGGCCAUAGAAGCAUACAAGUCUUCAGGAGGAGAUAUUGCACGUCAGCUCACUGCUGAUGAAGUACGCUUGCUGAACCGUCCUUCUGCCUUUGAUGUUGGCUAUACUCUGGUACACUUAGCUAUACGUUUUCAAAGACAGGAUAUGCUAGCCAUAUUGCUUACAGAGGUGUCUCAACAAGCAGCAAAGUGUAUUCCAGCAAUGGUGUGUCCUGAACUGACAGAACAAAUUCGAAGAGAAAUAGCUGCCUCUCUUCAUCAGAGAAAAGGGGAUUUUGCUUGCUAUUUUUUAACUGACCUUGUAACAUUUACUUUGCCAGCAGAUAUUGAAGACUUGCCUCCAACAGUCCAAGAAAAAUUAUUUGAUGAGGUGCUUGAUAGAGACGUUCAAAAAGAGUUAGAAGAAGAAUCGCCAAUCAUAAAUUGGUCCUUGGAGUUGGCUACACGUUUGGAUAGUCGACUCUAUGCUCUUUGGAACCGGACUGCAGGAGACUGCUUACUUGACUCAGUACUGCAAGCUACCUGGGGCAUUUAUGACAAGGACUCGGUGCUUCGGAAAGCCCUGCAUGACAGCCUCCAUGACUGUUCACAUUGGUUUUAUACACGCUGGAAAGAUUGGGAAUCUUGGUAUUCUCAGAGCUUUGGUUUACAUUUUUCUUUGAGAGAAGAACAAUGGCAAGAAGACUGGGCAUUUAUACUCUCUCUUGCUAGUCAGCCUGGAGCAAGUUUGGAACAGACACACAUUUUUGUACUUGCACAUAUUCUUAGACGACCAAUUAUAGUUUAUGGAGUAAAGUAUUAUAAGAGUUUCCGGGGAGAAACUUUAGGAUAUACUCGGUUUCAAGGGGUUUAUCUACCUUUAUUGUGGGAACAGAGUUUUUGUUGGAAAAGCCCAAUUGCUCUUGGCUAUACAAGGGGCCACUUCUCUGCUUUGGUUGCCAUGGAAAAUGAUGGGUAUGGUAACCGAGGUGCUGGUGCGAACCUGAACACCGACGAUGAUGUCACCAUCACAUUUUUGCCUCUGGUUGACAGUGAAAGGAAACUAUUGCACGUGCAUUUUCUAUCUGCUCAGGAGCUAGGUAAUGAGGAACAGCAAGAGAAACUGCUCAGGGAGUGGCUGGAUUGCUGCGUGACCGAAGGGGGAGUUCUAGUUGCCAUGCAGAAAAGCUCUCGGAGGCGUAAUCACCCCCUGGUCACACAGAUGGUAGAAAAAUGGCUUGACCGUUAUCGACAGAUCCGGCCUUGCACAUCCCUGUCUGAUGGAGAGGAAGAUGAAGAGGAUGAAGAUGAAUGAGGAUCAGGAAUGCAUCCGAGCUAUGAUGAUGAUCAAAGUUAGUGUGGUGCUCCAAGCAGUGUACAGUGUGAAAUGAAACAAACCUGGUAGGAUUUGUUUGUAUAUUUUUCUGAUCCACACCCGGUGGAGAUAAAUAUUGCAUCUGCUGCAUGAGGAGACUGAGAACUUUGGUUGAACUACAGUUUGUAAAAAACAAAAACAGAAACUAAUUUUAUUAAGACCUUUUUUCCUUUCAAUUGUAAAUCUGUCUAUAAAUGUAA